AUGGCCAUCCAUAUCAAAAACCUCAAAGUCAGGCCGAAGAAAAAUGCAAUAAAUGUUAUGUGCGCUCCGCAACUUACAAGUUUGCUGGGCUGUUGGGCUGCUUCGAAUGAUCUUCAUUCAAUUAAUGCGUGUAGAGAUGCUGCUCAGGACCUGUUUCAUUGUAUGAAGACCACGCCAAUGCCUAAGAAGAUGCAUAGGCCAACAAUAAACUACCAUUUGGCUCGGCUAGGGAAGAAAAUUCAAUAG